AUGUUCAGAAACGGGUUCAAUGGGGAGGAAGAAAGCCUCAAUGGCUGCCUCGUACCCUCCCGCACCGUCUCGAAUCAGCUUGCGUCCAUGUCGGCGCCGCUCUUCCUCGUCGCACACUGGAGCAUCUGCUGGGAGUUCGUCGUGCCGGCCACUGCAAUAUGGGACAAUUACUCGCCGGCCCCACAAACAGUCGCGCGAACAAAGACGUAUAGCGCCCGUGCACUCCCGUCAGUCGGCAUCGAGAGCCACCGAUUCGACGCCGCAAGGCCGUCGCUACUGCCAGUCUGCACGCUCAUCCAGCACGCGGCGUCCACAGGUACCAGGCAUGCCCACAAGCUCCCCGGCUUCUCGGCCUCCAGGUUCCGGCCGAUGGACGAACGACCUUUCCUCAGCAGGAGCGAGGCCACGUAG